AGGGAAAGAGAAAGCAAAAAUACUUUUUACUUCAAAUUCUCUCUCUCUCUCUCUCUCUCUCUCUCUCUCUCUUGUUUGUUUGUUUGUUUGUUUGCAUGUGAUCGUGGCAGGGAGCUUUGUAUUGAGGAAAAAUCAGUUAAUUAUUUCUUCUUUUUAAUUUUUCACACACUUUGAACAUCAUUAAGAGAAGGUGAUGCAAUGAUGCAGUCCAUUGAACCUUCGGCUUCAGAUCCUACUAAGAUUCCAACGACAAAGGAACCUAAGAAAGUGGAAAGGGCUUGGGGGAUUUUACCUGGUUCUGAUGUUUACCAUGCCUCAAGUGAUGCUACCCUUUUCUCUAGCUCGUUGCCUGUUCUUCCACAUGAAAAAUUGAACUUAAAUGAUACAGAUAAUAAUUAUCAAUCUGUUGAUGACGUCACUUCUGAUCUAAAUAACCUACAUCAAGAUGGGGAAGGCGAUGAUCCACUUGGGAACAUUGAAGCUCAUGCACAUGGAAACUUGCCUGAUGAUGAGAAUGAGCUUUUAGCAGGCAUAAUGGAUGAUUUUGACUUAAGUGGGUUGCCUAAUUCUGUGGAGGAUCUAGAGGAAUAUGAUCUUUUUGGUAGUGGUGGAGGUAUGGAACUGGAAACUGAUCCACAAGAGAGCCUGACCAUUGGUAUGUCAAAAGUGUGUUUUUCUGAUGCUGUUGUUGGAAACGGCAUGCCCCAUCACGGCCUUCCAAAUGGUGUUGGAACUAUAGCUGGGGAACAUCCAUACGGAGAACAUCCUUCAAGGACAUUAUUUGUUCGGAAUAUAAAUAGCAAUGUUGAGGACUCAGAACUAAGAGCCCUUUUUGAGCAAUAUGGUGAUAUUAGAACUCUGUAUACAGCAUGCAAACAUCGUGGCUUUGUGAUGAUAUCCUAUUAUGACAUUCGUGCUGCUCGAACAGCUAUGCGUGCAUUACAGAACAAGCCACUAAGACGGAGAAAAAUUGACAUUCACUUCUCAAUUCCCAAGGAUAAUCCAUCAGAGAAGGAUGUUAAUCAAGGAACCUUAGUAGUUUUUAAUUUGGAUCCCUCAGUUUCAAAUGAAGAUCUUUGUCAAAUAUUUGGGGUUUAUGGCGAGGUUAAAGAGAUACGGGAAACGCCGUACAAGCGACACCAUAAGUUCAUUGAAUUCUAUGAUGUUAGAGCUGCGGAACAAGCUCUGAAGUCGCUCAAUAGAAGUGAUAUAGCUGGUAAACGUAUUAAGCUUGAGCCUAGUCGCCCUGGAGGAACUCGUCGCAACUUGAUGUUGCAUCUGAAUCAAGAGCUUGAACAAGAUGAAUCUUGGAGUUUCAGACAUCCAGUUGGUUCCCCGAUGGCCAAUUCUCCUCCAGGUAGCUGGGCACAGUUUAACAGUUCUAUAGAGCGUAGUCCAAUGCAUUCUCUUAGUAAGUCCCCUGUUUUGGGGACCAUGAGCCCAACAACCAGCAACCAUUUAUCUGGCCUGGCUUCUAUCCUGCAUCCUCAAGUGUCAAACUCAAUGAAAGUUGCACCAAUUGGAAAGGACCAAGCAAGGGGUAGUCUUGUAGAGCAUGCAUUAGCCGGUACAAAUUCAACCCAUGGAACUGGGUUUCAAUUUUCUCACUCUUUGCCAGAGUCAAAGUUGAGCCAAUACCAUGGAACCAUACCUACUUUCAGUCCGUCAAAUGGUUCUAGGAUGGAAAAAUUGUCUGGGCCACAGUUUCUUUGGGGAAAUACAAAUUCAUUUACAGAUCGCACAAAUUCUUCAGUCUGGCCAACCUCAUCUUUGGAACGCCCAUUUUCAUCUAACGGAAACGGCCAUGGCUUUCCAUACUCGGGUCGGCAAGGAUCUUUCUCAGGCACAUCCCAACACCUCCAACAUCAUCACAUCGGUUCUGCUACCUCUGGUGUUCCGCUGGAAAGGCACUUUGGUUUCUUCCCAGAAUCAUCAGAUACUUCAUUCAUGAGUCCUGCUACAUUUGGGGGCUUGGGUGUAGGCCACAAUGAUGGAGGUUUUAUGGUUAAUAUGGGUUCUCAUGCUGCAAUGAGUUCAGGUAUUGGCAUUCCACGGAAUGCAUCUGAGAAUGGUUCGUCAAGUAUGAGAAUGAUGUCUUCACCUAGGUUGAGUCCUGUAUUCUUAGGCAAUGACCUAUACCCAGGACUACUUCCCAACAGUAUGGAUGGGUUGGCUGAGUUUGGCCGGAGAAGACGUGUUGAAAAUAACCGGAACCAGUUGGAUAAUAAAAUGCAAUUUCAGCUGGACCUGGAUAAAAUUAUCAGUGGAGAAGAUACUCGAACAACCCUGAUGAUAAAAAAUAUUCCAAAUAAAUAUACCUCAAAGAUGUUGUUGGCUGCCAUUGAUGAAAGUCACCAGGGUACUUAUGAUUUCCUCUAUUUGCCCAUAGAUUUUAAGAAUAAGUGCAAUGUGGGCUAUGCCUUUAUCAAUAUGCUGUCUCCUUCACACAUUAUACCAUUUUAUGAGGCAUUUAAUGGAAAGAAGUGGGAGAAGUUUAAUAGUGAGAAAGUUGCUUCUUUGGCAUAUGCUCGAAUCCAGGGAAAAGCGGCUCUUGUUGCCCACUUCCAGAAUUCAAGCUUGAUGAAUGAAGAUAAGCGCUGCCGCCCCAUUCUCUUUCACUCUGAGGGGCCAGAUGGUGGUGAUCAGGGAAUUCUAGAGCACUUGCACUCUAGUUUGAAUAUCAUAAGCCAGCCAAACGGGCUGCCCUCGGGUGAUACUUCUGGUAGCCCCAAAAAGAAAGAUGCUGGCGAGGAGCAUGAAAUGUUUUAACAGCCUAGAAUCAGGAGAUUGCCCUUGUACCAAAUUCAUAGUGGGGCAUUGAAGGCUAACUUAUUUGUACAUAGUUGACGAUAAAAGUAUAGGAAGAGGUGAAUCCGCUAUUUACGGGAGGCAGAUUUUGUGUAGUCUUAAAAGACUCUUGGAAGCUAGCUGAGCAUUUUGAACUUCGAAACGCAUUUGAGAAGAUGUAGGGUUCUGCAUCAUUGUUCUGCCUUUCUCCUCUCUAUUUUGGGGUUCCAUUUUCGAUGUUUCAAAAUGGAACAUGCGUAGUGGGAGUUGAGGUUUUGAUGGCUAGGGUGUAACAUUAGUGCCAUUAACAGAAAAAUUGUAUAGUUCGGAAUACAGACUUCGUUUUUGUUUAUCACAUAAUUUGGUUCUCUUAUGCCAUGAAUGUAAUUGACAAUGUUUGUUUAUCAC